CCAAUGGUGUCGCUUUGCGUGCUGACCGUUAUUUCCGGGUGUCUCCAAUGCAGGAAUCCUUUCCGUUUUAUUUCGUAUUGUGUUUGUUUAUUUAAAGAAAAACGCAGAGCUCCGAGGCCGUAAAAAGGUUUUGAGAAUGAACAGAAUAUUCGGCCGCGGGAAGCCCAAAGCGCCUCCUCCGAACCUGUCGGACUGCAUCAGCACCGUGGAUGCCAGGGCAGAGUCCAUUGAAAAGAAAAUCGGAAGGCUCGAUGCCGAGCUGCUGAAGUACAAAGAUCAGCUGAAGAAGAUGAGAGAUGGGCCCUCGAAGAACAUGGUGAAGCAGAAGGCCAUGAGAGUCCUGAAGCAGAAGAGAAUGUAUGAAGGUCAGAGGGAGCAGUUGGCCCAGCAGUCAUUCAAUAUGGAGCAAGCAAACUACACAAUCCAGACCCUGAAGGACACAAAGACUACAGUGGAGGCAAUGAAGAUCGGCGCAAAGGAAAUGAAAAGAGCCUACAAGGACGUCAAGCUUGAUCAGAUUGACGAUUUACAAGACCAGCUGGAAGACAUGAUGGAGGAGGCCGGCGAGGUACAGGAGUCCCUGAGCCGCAGCUACGGCACCCCAGACAUCGACGAAGAGGAUCUUGAAGCAGAGCUGGAUGCCCUGGGGGAUGAGCUGCUGCUGGACGACGACUCCUCCUACUUGGACGAAGCGUCGGCCGCUCCGUCUAUCCCGGAAGGAAUCCCCAGCGACAGCAAGACGAACAAGGACGGGGUUCUGGUGGACGAAUUCGGCCUGCCUCAGAUUCCUGCCACAUAAACGAGGAGCACACGGGGGACAACUGCACUUCAACUGAAAACACUUUUCUAUUGUGGAGUAACAUUUCUAUACGAGAACACUACUACAGCUGCCCUGGUGUCGGAUGGCGUACGCUUCCUACUACCACGUUAGCAUGUGGCCUUUUUAAACGCUCGCUCGUUUUCUACCCGUCGUCCUGGCCAACCCGUCAGUGUUUGUCCGCCUCUGGUAUUGUUAAUUUAUUUGCGCAUUUUGUUAGCUUUGUGUCUUGACUAAGUCGUUUUGUUUUAGAUCUCAAAGGUGGAGCUGACUCCCACUCUCUGCCUGUCUAAAACAUCUGCAGGGGUACUUGAAGCGUGCAAAAAUAAAUGAUGUCUUUUAUCUUA